AGUGUAUGAAACCCUCAGCGUUGGUCUGACCCAGUGUGUGUGUGCGAGUGUGUUUGAAUGAGUGUAUGUGCUGAAGGCAGCUGGCAGAGGUGACAUUCAUCUGUUUCACUGGUUUGGAAUAAAUGAGAAGCUUCAAAAUCCGGCUAUUUACAUGAACCAGCGAUGCCCUGUGUACAAACCCAAUAUGCAUCCCUGCCCCAUGACACCUACUUCAGCUCUGAGUUUUUGAAUCCUGACCUCAGUGCCAAACUGGUGAUGGACAUCAGUGGCCAAAAGGACCAGCUGUCUACAUCUUCAUUGCCCAGCAUCAACACUUUGGUGGGAAAUGGCUAUGUGGGCGAGUUUGAUGCUUAUUCCUGCAAGAUUACCACCUCUCCUCCCGCCUCUACAGUUCCAUUCAAUCACACUGCGGUAGCUGAAAGCUCUGGCCCUCAGAUGCAGAACCAGGCCUUCAGGCUGGAUGAUCUCCAGGUGUAUGGCUGUUACCCAGGCUCCUUUGCACUCAGCUGCCUCGAUGAAACACUGUCAUCAUGUGGCUCAGACUACUACGGCAGCCCAGUUUACGCUGCUACUUCUCCUCCAACGCCAGGCUUUCAGGCCCAGUCUGCACCUGUCUGGGAUUCCCCCUUCAGCCCCUACCCCUCGGCCCCUCCCUCCUCUGUGGCCGAUAAGGCCGCCAUGGCUCAGCAACUCUCCUUUUUUACCUUCAGCCCCACACCAGAGCAGCACUCUCCCUUGGCGCAUCAUCAGGAUGCUCAGCCAGGCCAGGAAGACCCAUUCUUCUUGCCUCACCAGCAGCAUGUCUCUCCACUUCACUGUCCCCCCAUAUCCCUGGAGCAUGGGCCUCUGGAAACCCCCAGGAUAGCAGAGGGGGCCAUGACUUCUCCUAAAAACCACAACCCAGGGUCUAGUGAGGGCCGCUGUGCAGUUUGUGGCGACAAUGCAUCUUGUCAGCACUAUGGAGUUCGCACCUGCGAGGGCUGCAAAGGCUUCUUCAAGAGAACUGUACAGAAAAAUGCAAAGUACGUGUGCCUUGCCAAUAAAGACUGUCCUGUGGACAAGAGGAGGAGAAACCGUUGCCAGUUCUGUCGUUUCCAGAAAUGUCUUGCAGUGGGAAUGGUCAAAGAAGUUGUUCGCACAGACAGCCUCAAAGGUCGCCGGGGUCGCCUGCCCUCCAAACCCAAGACCGUGGCUGAGGCUUCAUCCACGACCCCCAGUGUCAACAUCAUAUCAUCUCUUGUCAGGGCACAUCUAGACUCAAACCCAACCAUUGGAAAGCUGGACUACUCCAAGUACCAGGAGACAGUGGACAACCUGAAAGAAAAGGAGGAUGCUGGUGACAUCCAGCAGUUUUAUGACCUGCUGACAGGUGCCUUGGAUGUGAUCAGAAACUGGGCUGAAACCAUCCCAGGAUUCACAGACUUCUGCACAGAGGACCAGGAGCUCCUUCUUGAAUCUGCCUUUGUUGAGCUCUUCAUCCUCCGUCUAGCAUACAGGUCAAAUCCAGAGAAGAACAAGUUAAUCUUCUGCAACGGUGUCGUCCUCCACCGACUGCAGUGCGUCCGCAGUUUCGGCGACUGGAUUGAUUCUAUCAUGGAUUUCUCCCACAGUCUUCAUCGCAUGAACUUGGACGUUUCAUUGUUUGCCUGCCUUGCAGCGCUUGUCAUCAUCACUGAUCGCCAUGGCCUCAAGGAGCCCAAACGGGUCGAGGACUUUCAGAAUCAUCUCAUCACUUGUUUGAGGGAACACGUGAGUGGAAACGGAUCAGAACCGAGCAGGACCCAGCCCAACUAUCUCUCGCGUCUUCUGGGCAAACUCCCCGAGCUGAGGACUCUGUGCACACAAGGCCUGCAGCGUAUCUUUUACCUGAAACUGGAGGACCUAGUCCCCCCUCCACCGAUUGUGGAGAAAAUCUUUAUGGAUACUCUGCCGUUCUAAAAAACAAAAAAAAAGAUUAUACACACAGGAGGUGGAAAGCACCUAAUCUGAGGUUUUAUCACUGAACUCUACUGAUGAACCUCCUUCUAUUGCACUGACCUGUGUGCUGACAGACGUCUGACAUUGUUCAAGAGACCAUUAUUUUUCUAACAUUAAGUUUUAAAGCUGAAUAUGGUUCCUGUGUGAGUACUACAUAAAGAUUUAUUUCAGUUCCAUGAAACUGCCAUUGACAGAACUGAAAUGGCAUAAACAGUUCAGGACACAGUUUAUAUAUAUAUUUUUGUGUGCAUUUGUAAAAUGACUUUAUUGCCCUGCUAGAUGUGUGAAUGUUGCUAUGCAGCUAAAAAGGUGGGUAUUUGGGUAGAUGCAAUGCAGUGUUACAUACUCAGAAACACACUAAUUUCUUAAAGAGCAUGUUUUUUUAAAAUAGCUUUUGACCCCACUAAGAAGCUGAGGUUGUAGAUUAGUUGAAAAAGGCAGACAGAAUCACAAGUCCUGUCACAAGAACUGUGGAGUCCUAUUUUUCAAAAGGGAAAUAUUUACUAAUUUCUUUGUAUCACAAAAGAUAGUUCUAGUCAUAAUCGUGCUCCUGUGGAAGGUCUCGGACCAAAGUUUACUCUUAUUUUGAUACUACUAGUUACAAACCUUAUUGCCUUAAGCUAAACAAAAUGUUCCGCCAUAACAACACCUUUUAAAGGCUGAUGCUGGCAGAGCUCCUGUUAUAACCACAUGCCCCUGUAAUAGCAUACCGUUUGGGCUUUUUAGAACAAAAAUGGACUUGUUGAAUUAAACUGCAAAGUGCCUUUUAUAAACCCUCAGUCCGUGAACCACAUUAAGUGACACUAAGUGAAUUUUCAUUCCAAAUAUCACACACAGUGAGCCCUGUUUGUUACAAAAUAUCUCGCCAUCAGAAUUCAUAUAGAACCCAUCACUGAUAAAUAUGAUUUCAGGUCUGUACCAGCUUUUGAUACGAAGUGCCUGAGGCAUGCCAGUGUCAGUACAGUCUGACAAAGUGCGUACAAUACUUGAACACACACUUCACUCUGCUAAACUGGAAGGACAUCAAGUGAUGACAGGUGGUUUAGGAUCUACAAGUAUUAAAUCCUAUUCACAUGUUCCUGAGGCAGUGGAAGUUAUAACUACAGUAGGGCUGUCCAGCUUGAGAUUAAAUCAUGUCAGAGGACAUUUCAGAGUCUCUUUGUAUCCUCCAUUAGAAAAUACUAUUUCUAUUAUGUUAAUACAUGGAAAACCCCCCACUAUGCUUAAAAAUUCUUGAGUAUACAUACAUUUAAUGUUUGACAUCGUUUGGCUGUUACAUGCAGAUACUUCACCCUUCAUGCAUUUGAACCUCAACUCUCUGUGUUUGUAAAAGUCUCUCCUACUGUCUUCCACAUUCUUCUGAAUUGUGCAGUUUUUUUUAUAUGUUGGGGUUUUUUUUUAUUUUCAUCUCAAAAUGAACUAAAGAAAUACAGUAUCUUAAGAAAUCACAAUAAAAUGUGAUGAAAAGAUGAGCAGCUACGAGCACUUCAAACAGUGUUCAAACAGUAUGAAGAAAGUACUUCUUUCUCCUACUGUAUGAGUUUUGUUUGGGACAUGUGUGUGGGCUUAUAUACUGGACUGCCACAGCUUUUGUAAAAUCGUGCAAAAGUAUUGAGAGACAGAGAACAUUUCAUAAUAAAUGUUUGUAAAAGCACA